AUGGCGAAACGCCCUAGAAGUCAGUCUCCUACAGGAAGCGCUUCAGGAAAACAAGACCAUGACUUUUGGGUCUCCGAACCAAUUGAGGAUCGCUCAAGCACAUUCCGGGCAUUCUUCUCUCCUACUAUGCCUGCAAAAGAACUUCAAAACUUGGAUCAGAUCAAAGAUGCUUCGCACCGUAUUCUGGCAUGGCGAAGUCCCUCAUCACAGAGAACGUUGGUCGGUAACGUGCGAACUCUCGAAACCGGUACAGACGACGAUGGAGAACGAUACGGAGGCCGUCACGUCCUCAAAGUCAUCGAAGAGAUGCGAGUGGAAGGCGCUGUCGUUGUUGCAAGAUGGUAUGGAGGCGUCAUGCUGGGACCUGCCCGAUUUGCCCACAUCGAGAACUCUGCUGGGGACGCGAUCCGGGCUUGGCGGCAAAAGGAAGACAGCGAAGGUCAGAAGCGCAGACGGGUCGAAGACGAGGACAUGGAGAAGGCCACCUUGAUUUUUGAGCUAGCCGAUCGGGAUCAAAACAUCCUGGUAUUGAGACGACUGCUAGAGGAAAAGACAAGGCACACGCAGCCACAAGCCGGACAGAAACCUCCCUCGAGCUCCCCACUACCGGCGCCUGAUUACAGUAGCAUGCCUCUUGAACGCCUGAGACAAUUCGACAAAGCUCGAGACAGUACAGUCGCAUUCCUUCUAAAGAAGAUUGAUGAAGCAGAGAAGCAGAACAAUCCACGGAGCAUAAAAAUCGGUACCACCGCUGAGAGCAAUUCAGUCUCGGAGUCGAAGCCAGCCAAAUUGGCACCUCUCAAACCUUUCGAGGAGGAAUCAAGCGACGAUGACGACGAUAGCGGAGACUGA